CGGUUCCGGUGUGACGUUACUAGUUCCCGGUGUUUCGUUGUGGUUGGUGGGCACUAACUGAGCCAACAUGCUGCGAAAUCUGCUGGCUCUUCGUCAGAUUGCGCAGAGGACCAUAAGUACUGCUUCACGCAGGCAGUUUGAAAAUAAAGUUCCAGAGAAACAAAAGCUGUUUCAGGAGGACAAUGGAAUUCCAGUGCAUCUAAAGGGUGGGGUAGCUGAUGCCCUCCUGUAUAGAGCUACCAUGAUUCUUACAGUUGGUGGAACAGCAUAUGCCAUAUAUCAGCUGGCUAUGGCUUCACUUCCCAAGAAGCAGGGUUGACUUCAGUUAUCCUCCCAACAAUCAGUUGGUUCAGUUCAUUCAGAUCUCUAUGGACCAGUAAGCUGAUAAAUAACAGUUCUUCUUUGGGGAUCAAUAUUUAUUGACUUGUACUAACUGCCACCAAUAAAGCAGUCUUUACCAUGUUUUGUCUUAUUUUAUCAAACUGUAGUAUACAUAUACCAAUAAUUUUCAGCUUUUGGUCAGUCUUACAAAUUUUAGGUAAGGAGCAAAAAAUUAUUCUUUCAUUAAGGUGGUAUAAAGUACCAUUGUGAUUUUUUUUUAAGUGAAAUUUUAUUUUUAGCAGCUCAAAAUUACACAGUGGCUUGUCUUCAGCUUUAAUUGAGCUUGACACUUGUAAGUCCCACCCUCAAUGCAUUACAUACUGGGAUAUGCUAAAACCUGAGGUUAGAGGAAGCAGACUGUUUUUGGCUCAUGGGGUUCAAGUUUCUUAUUUCCUCUUUCUUAGCUAUGUGAGCAUAUACUUAAAUAUUGGAUGUAAUCUACAGUUUAGAAUUAGGUUUUAGUAGAGUAGCUGUAAACUAAUUCAGUAUUAUAUUUUUUCACACUCAGAAUGGGUUUCUGCUGUGUUUCUUUAAUCCAUAACAUAAAGUGUAAUUUUCCUUACUUAAUUCAUUUCUAAAAGUUAUCUUCUCGGGGAACCUAAAGGAGUUAGACUCUGUCAUGAUGCAAGGUGUACAUUUGUAACACUAUAUAAAGAUUAGAGUCUAGAUGCAUCACAUCUAGGGGAAAUCUGUAAGUGAGGGUUUUAUAAUAAACUGCAAUGUCUGGAUAAAAUUGAUAAAAGUUGUAUAUUUAGAGAAAUUGAGUCAAAUCUGAAAUAGCUAAACUAAGCCUUAUUCUUAUUAAAACAUUGAGGCUUAGGGUACAGAUCUAUUUCAAAAGGUACCUAAGGAAAGGUUUUUCAGCUUUGAAUUUUCAAGGUUGGGAAAGGUUCUUGGUAGCCAUAUUAUAAAACUGGCCACUGAGUAUAUGAAUCUAUUGAACUCUGACGGUCUUACUUCUGACAUCAGCAGAGAACACUGCUUUUGAAGGGAGUGGAAUAAAUAUCAUUAGACAUUUCUAGAUGCUGAGAAAGUUCUUAAGAUGGUUUGGAAUCUAGUUCAAUUCAGUGAUUCAGAGCUAAAAACCAUUGAUAAUAUUUUAAAACAAGUUAUAUUUAUCGGCAUCUUAUAAGGAAUUUUAUAAACAUGAUUGAAUUGUUUUUAUGACGUGAGAGAUACUGUUGUAAAGUAGAAAGGAAAAACAGUUUGAUAUCCUCUACACACUUCAUGUCUUGAUAUUAUGAGAGACCCUUUACUAUUUCUGGUGUAAACUAAGGCAAUUUAUAAAACUUUUAUACCAAAAUGUUGUUUGGGCUAUGUUAACAUGGCAACCUUGGAUAAAGUACAAGUAGAUUAAAUGCCUAAGAUGCUUAAAAA